CGAACUGAAAUGUUUGUGAACCGUUACACCCCUAGUAACUAAUGAAAUAAAGAGGCAAUCACCAGUAAAGCGAAAUCAAAUAAGUGGCAUCAUUAUAAAAAAGUAAGCAGUAGCAGCAAGUAACAGCAUUAAUGGAUUGUAAAAAGUGUAUAACAUACACCACAAUCUCUCAAAGCACAGUCAUCUGUCUCUAUUGGAGACAGUAGGGUUACAGAAAAGACAUGAGAGGAUGUCGAGGGGUAUGAACAGAAUCAAACCAGGGACAUGCAAAGCCUCUGCUGCUGCUGCUGCUGCUGCUGCUGCUGUUUCUGUGUUUCUUCCCAAUGACUGCCUCUCUCUGCCCUCAGGCUUUAAAGGGAAGUCCAAGCCCAACCUGUUGAAGCAGGAGACGAGCAGCCUGGCCUGCAGCCUGAGGAUCCUGUUCAAGAUGUACUCUGACCGUCAGCUGCAGGACUCGUGGCCUGACAUCCAGACACGCCUGCUGCUGGUGUGCAGUGAAGCUCUGGCGUACUUCAUCAGUCUGACCUCAGAGAGCCACAGAGAGGCCUGGAACAGUCUGCUGAUGCUGCUGCUCACCAGGACACUACGGCUGCCUGACGCCAAGUUCAAGCCCCAUGCUUCCUGCUACUACCCCCACCUGUGUGAGAUGAUGCAGUUCGACCUGAUCCCCGAGCUGCGGGCCGUCCUCAGGCGCUUCUUCCUGCGCAUCGGCUCCGUCUUCCACAUUGCCGCUCCCGAGGGGGCCCGAAUUCCCAUAUCCUAGAAUGAGUGGGUGCAGGAUCGGGUGGAGAAAUCAAAAGGACAUUUGUAGGUUGACACAAAAGAGACUGGAACAGACCACAGAGGAGGAAGAGGAGAACGACUGCAGCUUUUCUGUCUCUGUUCAGCUUCUCUACUGCACUCCGCUUGUAGGAAAGUCUUCACCCUGUCCUCCUCCUGUCUUUUUCUUGGGGAUGAACAGCACUGUGACCAGCGCUCUCUGCUGACCGUCAUUCAUCGUCCCCCUGACUCAUCUCAAUGACAAGAAGAACUGUAAACAGAUAAUUUAUUGAUAUUGAACCCGAUUUUGUUGGUUUGUUUUUCUGUUUUUUUUUUUUUUUAACAAAAGAGGUCUUUACGCCGACGAUACCAUUGAAUUAGAUGAACCUUACAUUUGCGAUUUUUGGCCACCUGUGCCUGUUUGAAAACGAUGACACCGUCAAGUGUCGCCCUUAUUGUGAGUUUGGUGAUCUAAUGAAAAUAUGUUGUAAUAUCUGAACCCUCAUGUGUCGAUGCUCAUCCCAAAGCAUUGUUUGUCACUUUAAUGUUUGUGUUCCUGUUAUUCGGUACCGGGCUGUUGACUGAAACUCUGAGCUGCAGGUGAGAAGAAUCUGCAUCUCUUCCAACACUAUAAAAGAUCCCAAGCGGCUUCAUUUGAGACGUCUCCGUGACACAACCGUCCUCUCGUCUUUAAAAUUCCAUAUCAAUGAGAUUUUUCAUAUUUAUUUUACUCUCUUGCUUUCUGAUUAUUAUUCAGGUUGGUUUACAAUGAAAGGUUGAUCGCAGUCAUACAUUCCUUUUUUGUGUUGACACUGAAGGACUUAACAGAGUCAGCUCUUCCUGGCUUUUCAAUAUCAGCUGGCUCAUAAAAUCCUCCACUUAUCCAUCAUUCGGCCCUAUGAGGGGAAACGGUGGUUGUCCAUUUCCCACACUCUUUUUGCACACCUGUUGCCGACAGUUUGCUCAUGUAUUAAUGCCUUCCGGUGUAUCAUCUAGCUCUGGAUGUUUGGAGCGCCCGUCAGUCUUGUCACAUUCAGCAGUAGAGUUCCGGGACGGAGCAGAACCAAAUGUUGCAUCUACAGAGAAAGAGGAAUCUCUGGAUCCUUUGUAGUUUAUUCCAUGCCUUUUUUUUUUUAAAAGAAGGAUUUAUGUAAUUAUUUAAAGUGCAUUUAAAUAUUUUUUGAGAAGCAUUCCUUCCCUUGCAACUAUGGAUGUCUACUUUUCUUCCCUAAAGCUAGGGAAUAUAUAAAUAUAUAUAUAUAUAUAUACAGUACAUGAAAAAAGCAGACUGUAAAGUUUUCAAUGUAAGAUACAUAGAAAUGAAAGUGCUAUACGGUUCUAUACAUAAUAUUGUGAUGUAAUCUUCCAAACAUUUGGUGAAGUAAUCAAUAAACCUGAAUUCUGA